AGACAGAUUUGCUAAAAAUUGAUGCAGAACAGGUAUGACACUACUUCACACUACUUUAUUAUGGGUUUUUGAGACUUUUGUUUCGCUCAUUUCGUAGAGUUCUGGCUUUUGGUCGAUGUAUUGCAGACUACUGUUUGACACAGUGGUCGAGCUCAAUCACAUUUAAAAUCGUUUUUCAUCAUUGCAUUUCGCUCCAGAUCCUUUAGUAGGUGUAGAACUAAUUUUAUAGUAGAAAAAGAAUCCAAAAUAUAAAAUUUAUUUGGCUGCAUUUUUGAAAUUUUAUUUCAAUAUUUGUCAUCGUUAAGUUAGAGAUGAUGACCGCAAUGGCUGUACCACCGUCAGCAGCUGGAUGGUUUUGUUGUUUACUUUUUAGUCAAGUUCCAGCGGCAUCGCUCUACGCACAGUUUACGCCGGCAGAAUGAGCGAAAACGACGGAAUUCACAUAGAAUAUGUCGACGAGCAGGAGCUAAAGCGCGAGUUUCGCCGGUUUAUGAGCGAUCCGGAGACGAGAGAAAAGGCUGCCAACUAUCUGUACGAAUCGCUCGUGGACGAAACAAUCCUGGGCAUCGCGUACGAGGUGCACCACGCAAACAAGACGGGUUCCGGUGCCGCCGUCGAGGGUGAGCCAGAGGACAGCAAACCGUACACGAUCGUCGACCAGCCCGAUACGGACGUGUUCGGUUCGUCCAACACCAAGAAAGCCAUCGACUGCCACUGUCCGAACUGUAAUCGCAUCGUAGCCGCAUCGCGAUUUGCUCCACACCUAGAAAAGUGCAUGGGUAUGGGAAGAAACUCAUCACGCAUCGCAAGCAGACGCAUCGCGAACACACGUGACGUGGGAACAGGCAAUUAUUUCGGCGGCGACGAGGACGACGAAGACGACGCGGACUGGUCGGGAGAGAAGCGCAAAAAGAAGAUCUCGCAGGUGCGCACUAAUGGGAGCAAGAAAAAUGGCAAAACCUCAUGAAAGUAGGUGCACGUACGGGGUUGAUUAGCGGCAAGUGCUCCUGGAGACGGCUGAGAUGUUUGCGGGCCAAUAAAAAAAAACCCCGCAACCGGCAUCAGCAACCCCUACGAAGAAAACGCGAAUGUGUGAUGCAUUCCAAACCAGUCACAUGACUUGACCUCCCUAUCCAUCGAAUGUUGGACCUCAGUAGAACGAACGCGGUUCGGUUGAAUCUCGGCGAUGAUAUUGUACAUGCACUUUCUGCAAUGUUAAAUUGCCAAAUGAACUCCACAACUGGUGGUUUUACCUAGUAAGCGUCGCGUUCGUGGUAACGCACGCCGAUGUGGAACACCGUAGUAUCCUAUAAACGUGGCAGGGGCAGGUGAAUUGAAACCCCAACUUCCAAGUAACAGUAUAUCUUAAACACACUACCUAGGCUAGCUGAAAUGGAUUAAUAAUGUAAACGUAAUUCACACACUCCUCGCUCGAUUUUCUAUAUGUAGCGCCAACCGGGGAGCUUAUAAUGUACGUUUAAACUUUCCCUGUAGUGUGAAUAGCCGUUCCAUGUAAAUAAAAUAAGAUUUUCACACUGA